GCAGGGCGGGGCGGGCGAGCGGCGCCGUGGGGACCCCGGGGCGGCAGUGGCCCCUGAAUCGGCUCGGCGCGGCGCGGCGACAUGGACCGGAUGGCCAGCUCCAUGAAGCAGGUGCCCAACCCGCUGCCCAAGGUGCUGAGCCGGCGCGCGGUGGGCUCCGGGGUGGAGGCGGCCGAGCGGGAGAGCUUCGAGCGGACCCAGACUCGAGCCGGGAAUCCGCGAGGGGGGGUUUGUUCCUGCCCACCGCGCCGGGCGCCUCCCGCGGAUCCCGGGGUUCCCCGCCCCCGCGCUGCGCCCGGCCCUCGGGCGCCCGCCUCCUCCGCUGCCUCCGGGCCCAGCGCGGUGCCGCCCGCCGCCACCGCACAUGGCACCGCCGGGCCCGGACUAGCUGAGCCCCGGGACGGGAGGGGCGCCGCCGCCAUGGACGUGAGCAAGGUGAUGGUCAGCAUUAAUAAGGCCAUUAACGCACAGGAAAUGGCUGUGAAGGAAAAACACGCCCGAACGUGCAUCCUGGGGACCCACCAUGAGAAGGGGGCACAGACCUUCUGGUCUGUGGUCAACCGGCUGCCUCUCUCCAGCAACGCCGUGCUCUGCUGGAAGUUCUGCCACGUGUUCCACAAGCUGCUUCGUGACGGACACCCACAUGUCCUGAAGGACUCGCUGAGAUACAAGAGUGAACUGAGUGACAUGAGCAGGAUGUGGGGCCACCUGAGUGAGGGGUACGGACAGCUGUGCAGUAUCUACCUCAAACUGCUGAGAACCAAGAUGGAGUUUCACGCCAAGAACCCCAGGUUCCCAGGCAACCUCCAGAUGAGUGACCGGCAGCUAGACGAAGCCGGGGAGAAUGACGUGAACAACUUCUUCCAGCUAACGGUGGAAAUGUUCGAUUACCUGGAGUAUGAGCUCAGCCUCUUCCAGACUGUGUUCAAGUCCCUGGACAUGUCGCGCUCGGUGUCAGUCACCACGGCCGGCCAGUGCCGCCUCGCCCCGCUGAUCCAGGUCAUCUUGGACUGCAGCCACCUUUACGAUUACACAGUCAAGCUUCUCUUCAAACUGCACUCGUGUCUCCCCGCUGACACCCUGCAGGGCCACCGGGACCGCUUCAUGGAGCAGUUCACAAAGUUGAAAGAUCUGUUCUACCGCUCCUGCAACCUACAGUACUUCAAGCGGCUCAUCCAAAUCCCUCAGCUGCCUGAGAACCCGCCCAACUUCCUCCGGGCCUCUGCGCUGUCAGAGCACAUCAGCCCUGUGGUGGUCAUCCCCGCCGAGGCCUCGUCCCCCGACAGCGAGCCGGUCCUGGACAAGGAUGACCUCAUGGACAUGGAUGCCUCCCAGCAGAAUGCCUUUGACAACAAGUUUGAUGACAUCUUUGGCAGCUCGUUCAGCAGUGAUCCCUUCAAUUUCAACAGUCAGAAUGGUGUGAACAAGGAUGAGAAGGAUCACAUCAUCGAGCAGCUGCACAGAGAGAUUGCAGCCCUGAAAGCACAGCUGGAGAGCCUGAAGACUGAGAGUCAGCGAGCCAUGCUGCAGCUCAAGGGCCAGGUGAGUGAGCUGGAGGCGGAGCUGGCCGAGCAGCAGCACCUGCGGCAGCAGGCAGCCGACGACUGCGAGUUCCUGCGAGCAGAACUGGAUGAGCUCAAGAGGAAGCGGGAGGACACGGAAAAGGCUCAGCGCAGCCUGACGGAGAUUGAGCGGAAGGCCCAGGCCAAUGAGCAGCGGUACAGCAAGCUGAAGGAGAAAUACAGUGAGCUGGUGCAGAGCCACGCAGACCUGCUGCGCAAGAAUGCUGAGGUGACCAAGCAGGUGUCCCUGGCCAGGCAGGCACAGGCAGACAUGGAGCGGGAGAAGCAGGAAGUGGAGGAUUCCUUCCAGCGCCUCAGCGAGCAGGCCCAGAAGAAGACUCACGAGCAGACGGAAGUCCUUGAGAGCCUGAAGCGAGAACUGGCCAGCAGCAAACAGGAGCUACAGCUGGUCCAGAACAGCCUGGACGCUUCUGUUGAGUCGGAAUCCAAGCGGGCGGCCCAGAUGGAGGCCCUGCAGCAGGAGCGGCUGGACUUGGUGAGCACCUGCGCACAUCAGGAGGAGGAACUGGCCCAAGUCCGGGCACAGCUGGAACAGACGCAGCGGGACCUGGGCAGCAUGCAGGAAUCCAUGUGCCAACUUGAGAAGCAGCAGCGGAAAACACUGCUGAUGGAGGCGAGGAAGGCAGCAGAGCAGGUGAUCCGGGAGGCCCUGCAGCAGCUGGAGGAGCCCUCGGUCGUGAGCUGCGCUGGCUCUGCAGAUCACCUUCUUGCCAAGAUCAAGUCUGUUUCCAGCUGCAUUGAGCAACUAGAAAAAAGCUGGGACCAGUAUCUUACUUACCCGGCAGAUAUCAGUGGGCUGCUCCACUCAGUGGCCCUCCUCGCCCACCUGACCAGUGAUGCCAUCAUUCAUGGGAGCACCACCUGUCUCAGAGCCCCCCCAGAGCCAGCUGACUCACUGACUGAGGUCUGUGAGCAGUAUGCCCAGGCGACCAUCACUUACCUGGCAUUCCUGGAAGAAGAAAGAGCCCUUAAAGAUAGUGACAGCACGGACCUGAGGAGAUGCCUCAGAAAGAUCAUUGCUAUCAGCGAGGAGCUGCUGCCCCAAGGCCUGGACUUCAAACAGGAGGAGCUGGGCGACCUGGUGGACAAGGAGAUGGCCGCCACCUCUGCGGCCAUCGAAGCUGCGACGGCCAGGAUAGAGGAGAUGCUCAGCAAGUCCCGAGCCGGAGACACGGGAGUCAAACUAGAGGUGAAUGAACGGAUCCUGGGCUCCUGCACUGGCCUCAUGCAAGCCAUUCAGGUCCUGAUUUCGGCGUCCAAGGAGCUCCAGAAAGAGAUCGUGGAGAGCGGCCGGGGCACGGCAUCCCCCAAAGAGUUUUAUGCCAAGAACUCUCGCUGGACGGAAGGACUCAUCUCUGCCUCCAAAGCUGUGGGCUGGGGAGCCACUGUCAUGGUGGACGCAGCCGAUCUGGUGGUCCAGGGCAAAGGCAAGUUCGAAGAGCUGAUGGUAUGUUCCCACGAAAUCGCAGCUAGCACAGCCCAGCUGGUGGCUGCCUCCAAGGUGAAAGCUGACAAGGACAGCUCCAACCUCGCCCAGCUGCAGCAGGCCUCACGGGGCGUAAACCAAGCCACCGCCACCGUGGUGGCCUCCACCACUGCCAGCAAAUCCCAGAUCGAGGAGACAGACAACAUGGACUUCUCAAGCAUGACACUGACCCAGAUCAAACGCCAGGAGAUGGAUUCCCAGGUGAGGGUGCUGGAGCUAGAAAAUGAGCUGCAGAAGGAGCGCCAGAAGCUGGGAGAGCUGCGCAAAAAGCACUACGAGCUUGCGGGGGUCGCAGAGGGCUGGGAAGAAGGAACAGAAGCACCUCCACCAGCUCUGCAGGAAGCAGUCAGUGAAAAGGAAUAGCGCCACACCGCCACCCACUUCCACCAGAGUUCUUUUCCGUUUCACCAUUUGCACAAACUCGCGAACACAAGGAGGGUCAGCGGAUUGGAACCCCUGACGCACCCGGCCUCUGUACUGGCUCAGCGCUUGCUCACUCGCUUGGAGGCCAAAGAACAGGCUCCUCCCUGGCUGAGAAGGUCAAGGUCACCCCUCUCCCCUCUUGGCAGUUCAUCAGAUUCCCGCUGCUUCUUACGGUGACUAGCUGGGUUUUUGGUUUUCUUCUUCAUGCUCCACUCACAGAGCCAAUUCUCCCAGAGGGAACUCCCCCCCCACCCGGGGGGGGGGGGGCUGUGCCAUCCGGGGAGCAACCUCCAGCCCCCAAUCCCAGCAGGUAACAGCCAUGGUGCUGCUUAGGGCUUCUCCCUGGUGCUUUGAGCGCCGGCCCCCCCACGCUGUGCCCUACUGGGCAGCUGUGGCCACUUGCCGGGGGUGGGGGCAGCUACUGCACCCCAAGCGCCUCAAAAGGCAGAAGCAGAGCGAGUGCCUUUCCUUCCUGAAGCCAGAGCCCAGUGCUGGCCCCUCCCACCUUCCCAAGCCGGUGAGGGGGGUGGGCCUGCAGAGAAGGAGCGGAGAGUUUGUACACAGCUGCGGGCAUCUUUCUGAGGAACUCCUCACCACCUGGCUGGAAAGUCUGAUCCUGUACUUGCUCCCUGAUGGGGCCUCAAGAUGGAGCCAGUGAAGGGUUCCCGGUCCCCUGCUCCAAAUGACUGCCUCUGGAAUCUGCAGGAGAUAGUUCCACGUUCUACCAAAAUGACAGGCCCAGGAGGUCAGGCGCAUCUGCCUUCCGGUGGGCGGGAGAAAACCUGUGUGGUUGAGUUGGCACCUUUCGUAUUUAUUACUGACUUCCGGUUAGCAGUGACCGUCUGCAGAAAGACGGGACAAGCAGGACUUUGCAUGUGAUGCUGGCCGGGCUCCGAGUGGCUGCUCUGGUCCCGCCGGCUUGGAGAGGUGGAGGCAAGCCAGAAGGCUGUCCCCACCCAUCACCAGUGUGGGUCCGAAACCUAGCAGAUUCCUCAGCACGUCGGAAUGAGAGCAGAGAUACAGGGACAGGCCAGCCCCCCCUCCUCCACAUGGACCCCAGCAUUUAAGUGGCCUUCCGAUCUUGGGUAAACAGUGUCUUCCUUCCUUGUCUGUAGCGGUUGGUGGGUGGUAGAGCCCCCAUGGGCACUCUGGGGGCCCUGUCCUCCCAAGGCAGGUCUGCAAGCCUGGACUCCCUGACAGAUCGUAGGACCCUGAUCACUGUGAAUCAAACCCCGCUCCCAGACGUCUCUGCAUGGCUCCUCAGUAGGGCACUCCAAAACCAAACCCAGCCCAAGCCCCUCCCAGAAGCUCACACUGGACUCAGAUGUGCGGUCUCCAGACUGGACCAUAUGACACUGAACAGUCCAGCUCAGAGCCUUCACCCCAGGCUCAGAAGAGCUGGCAUGGCGCCCCUGGCAUGGCUCAUGCCAAUUUAUGUGUCCUCCCUGUACUCCGCAUCCUUGAAGGUGGUCCAUCUCAGUUCCAAAGUCACGGACAAGAGUUCUGCUUCCAACUACCAGUAGGGGGCGAUGGGUUCAGUAUAUUGGAUCACGUUAGGCUCCUCUGAAUGACAUGCUCUCUAAAAACAGAAACCCCAGAGCUGGAGUAGGGGGAGGGGAUUGGCCCACAUUUGAAUCCUGGCACCACUUGGGAGAUGCCAAGGGAACGGGGGAAGUUCCAGUGCUAUAGUGUCUCUCCAUCUGCUGUUAUACACACACACGUACAGUCAUGAUUCUGAAUGAAGGGGUGGUGAAAUCCGUGUGCAAGGCAUUGCUUAAAUAAGUAAAUCAAAAGCCCCAGUCAUUCUAAAAACCUUUGUGGGCGGAGUCGAAGCAAUGAAACCGUUAAACAAGCCCAGGCAAGCCCAGGUGUAGUGUGACUGUUCCCAGCAGCGCUCAGAGAGGAGCAGGUCCAUUCUCCAGCCAAUGUCAGACUGCCCCCACAGGGGUGCUGUCCUUGGCAUGGAGCAUCUCGCUUCAAAUGGGAGUCGAAUCUUGCAGUGCUCAGAAGGAGCCUCACAGCCUGCGAUUGUGGUCCCAGGCUGAGUGACCGUCCUCGUGGUCAAGCAAGAGGGAACAGCCAUCAAUGAAAAGACAGCAGCACAGGCUGGUUAGUUCUGUCCACGGUGCUGACUCCACUAGAGAAAGGAUGUGCUUUGGCCUGUAACAACUAGGCAGUGUCUCCAUACUUAGCGAUGCCUCACCGAGUCUCUGCAAUCCUCCCCACUGACGGAAGCCAUCAGUCCCGCCAUUGGCGUCCCCACCACACUGGCUCUGGCCUGUCUCAGUCACGCUCCCCACAGAGACCGCACUGCCGUCACCAGAGUCCCCGCCACAGGCCUGCCAGCCACCCACACGGCCACCAGGCCACAUCUGCUGCUCCAAGCCUCAUCUUCCACACACCCAGGCCAGCCACAUGGUCUCCUGUGCAAAUAGUCGGGUACACGGCGCGUCCAAUUCCGAGAGUAGGAAAUUGCCAGAAGUGUCUUUCAGGCCACCCUCAACUACCUCAGGUUUGAAGGCCCGAAAUUAAGCUGAUUACUACUCACAGGGCAAACCGAGGGGAUUCUGAUCAAUCUUGGGUGGGGGAGACACACGUGGGCUGAAACUUAGGACAGACUCUGUCCCAAGGAGCUGGGCAGGGAGGGAGCUGGGCUGGUUUUCUUUCUCUAGUUGAACCUGUCCCCCGGCUCCCCGUUAGAAUAGUUGUGAUGAAUUCCAUUUCUCACUGUGUGCCUACCUUCCCAGGGCGGGUGGCCACUGUCUUUCCUUUCCUUCCAUGGAGACUUUUCUUAUGUUAUAAAUACCUUCCUUUGUACAAUACACUGCAUCUGUGUUUUCGAUUUUUUCAAAUAAAUAUUUCAACCGGG